AGAAAAAAUAAAAUUAUAGAUUCAUUCAUUCAUUCAUUCAUUCAUUCAUUCAUUCAAUAAUUCAACUUCAUUCAUCCAUCAAUCAAUCUACAUUUGUCUCUUCUUUCCUGCAUUCUUUUAUCGAUGGGCACAAUUAAUUCAAAGAGCACCAAUUCGAGAUCUAUUCAAAGACAGACACAACUAGCAAAUGACACCGUAGACUACGGUUCACUCAUCCCUCAGGGACUCUACGGCAUCAUCACCCAAGACUACGAUGCCAAUGUUGUGACCAAGCUUAUGAGACUAGGAAAGCUUGCUCCUUUUUACAAAGGACUUGUUGAUCCUCCUGUAUUUCCUUUAGGGCAAGAUCAAGAAUCCCUGGAGCAGAACUUAUGCUUGGACAAAUCAAAGUUUAAAUUGUUAUAUACCAAAACAGCAGAAUGUCCUAUCUGUCUUCUUUGGUAUCCAGCAUGUAUCAAUUAUUCAAGGUGCUGUCAUCAGCCCAUCUGCACCGAGUGCUUCCUGCAGCUCAGGCGCCCUCUUGAUACCCUUUCUCCUGUCUAUUGCCCAUUCUGCGUCCGAUCCGAUUUUGGAGUGAUUCACACACCACCCGAAUGGAGUCAAUAUCAUAUCGCAUUUAAUGACAGACACCCUGGAUUUGGUCCAAGAACUGAAAAGUGGACUAAAGAAAAAAGAGUCGUUCUGAAUCUCGAUGACCCAGACGUUGUGCUUGUGGAUCAGGUACGACCUCAUUGGCAAGAAGAAAUGGCCGACAAGCUGUCCAAAAGACGCCGCCAUUCAAGCGUUCUGUCCGGAUCAGGAAGCACUCGUCGUGUCGUUGUUCGUCCUCGGAACCGAACAAUGACAGCAGUAUCUCAACGACUACAGACCUAUUCAGCCGGUUAUAUUGAAGAUCUUGACCUUCAUGGAGAUGCUCAGGUUAAUAAUACCAAUAUCAGAAGCAAUGGCAAUGUAAACGGUAACAGCAACGGCAAUAAUAAUGGAAAUGGCAGGGUAGACAACUAUCGUCAGCUGGAUCUCGAGGAUCUCCUCAUUCUAGAAACCAUUCGACGUACCCAUUCUAAUUAAGACUUAAGAAUUCAUGGAUAGUAGGGAUAUCCAAAUGUUUGUUUUCAUUUUUGUUUUGUUUUGCUUACUACUAUUACUCUUUGCUCUUUACUAUCAUUUACUAUCAUUUACUAUCAUUUACUAUAUCAUACUAUUCACACAAACUCUAUAUAAAUCAUAUAUUGGAUCC